UGGUUAUUGGUCGCUUUGUGAAGAUGUUUAGGGAACACUGGCAGGACUGUCUGGUUCUUUUCUCAGUGUAUUGGUUAUUUAUUGUGUAAUAUUGAGUAAUUGAUUAUUUAAUUGGUUAUUUAUCGGGUAAUAUUGAGAGAUAAUGGGAAGGAUCUGCGCGUACCGCGGCUGCAGGAGCUCCACCGGGCUGCACAGGCUCCCCGCGGACCCGGCGCUGCUCUCUCAGUGGCUGAUCCGGAUCGGACUGAAUCCGGACACUAAAACCUCCGGCCUGCUGGUCUGUAACCAGCACUUCUCCCAGCACAGCUUCUCCAACUACAUGGAGGUAAAGAUGGGCUACCUGCCUGAGAGAUACCUGAAGCUGAAACCUGACGCUGUGCCCAAUCCUGCAGAACACCUGGCCUGCUGGUUUAAGCCAAAAGACUGUAAAGACCAGGCGUGUCAGACAGACCCAGCCGACCUGCAGGACGUCUGUGAUCAGGGAGAUGUUAAACCACACAGAACUUAUGACACCAGUUUACUUGAUGCCAGUUCAGUCCAGGCAGCUUCAGAGACGCCUUUAGACGCAUCCAUCCCCCUAAAGAGACCCAAACCUGAGCCUGAGGAGCUCAGCAUCCUCCCUGACCUGACUGACUCCGCCUUCCACCCUGAUCAUGUGACCAAUGGCACCGCGAGUUGUGAAAGGAAUGUACCAGAAGCCCCGCCCCCUCAGAAGAGGAGGAACUUAGUUAUUUAUGAGGAAAACCUCAAUCAGCUGUUCAGGAAAUGCCCAGUUUGCUCUAAAAGCUGUGAGAUCAGCUCGAGCGUGGCGGGGUCGCUCCUGCACGUGACGCAGAGAUGCCCACACUGCUGCUGCUUAUUCGAGUGGAACAGUCAACCCAAAUAUAUCCAGAACCUUCCGGCACAGAACCUCCACCCUGAAGCUGAGGGUGAAGCUGAGGGUGAAGCUGAGGGUGGAGGAGGUGUGGUUCAGUCUGAACCCAGCAGCAGCAGCAGCAGCAGUGAUACGGUUAAUAUGGUGGUUUAUGUUUCUGUGCCGUCCAGUCACCUCCUCCUGCUGCCCCCCCUGAAGAACCCAGCUCUGUGAUGAAUGUGUGAAUGAAUUUUUAUAUAUGAUUAAAAUAUACUGUAUAAUAUA